UAACGGUUGUGUCCUCCGUACCGAUCGCUUGUUUCAAUUCCUUAAUUUCUACGUUUGUAAUCGCGUGUCUGUCGUAUGACAAACCCCACUUUAAUUAUUAAUGAUUUGGUUCAUCCGAUAAACUCAACUCGUCUCGGUGAACUUUGAAGCUUCUCAGUAUGGACUCAGGCUAGCUUGAUGCGCUAGCGAGCUUAGCUCGUUAGCCGCUAACAAAGAGACGCAGUAGUUAUCAACACAUCUCUACGCAGAGAUUGGGUGUGAGGGUCAAGUGUUGGGAUUGUGUGAAAAUGUGUGAAGUACAACUGCUGAGAGUUUGGCGAAUUUGCGGCUGUUAAAUGAAUAUUUGUAGUGUUAGAAAGAAGCAUAGCAGAGUUCAAGGGACUGUGGCGAAGGAGCGACAACAUCAACUACUAGACGCUGUUUUUCAAGAAACAUCAGGUCCGCAUGGAGCUGGAGGGGGCGUGGCCUCCAGCUCCGGCUGAAAAUAGGGAGAUUUUCGGGAGAAUAUUUGUCCCGGGAGGUUUUCGGGAGAGGCGCUGAAUUUCGGGAGUUUCCCGGAAAAUUCGGGAGGGUUGGCAAGUAUGACAUAAGAGGUCAGUGAAGACCAUCUUCUCCCUCAGCAGCAGGAGUGAAUCUCAAGGAUGGAGCAGGAUAAGCCACAGCUCCCCCACAUUAAAUGGGGAGAGCAGGAACCCCAGCCCCCUCAAAUUAGAGAAGAGGACGACCCACAUCCCCCCCACAUCAAAGAAAAGGAAGAGCCACAGCUGCCUCGCUUAAAAGAGGAAGAAGUGCCACAACCACAUCAUAUUAAAAAUGAGGAGUUGCAACACCCCCACUUUGAAGAGGGGGUGCCACAGCCACCCCACAUUACAAGGGAAGAGGAGGAACCACAGCCCUUUCAAAUUAAAGAAGAGGACGACCCACAUCACCCCCACAUUAAAGAAGAAGGAGAUAAGCCACAGCUCCCCCGCUUAAAAGAGAAAGCUGUGCCACAACGACUUCACAUUAAAGAGGGACCACAGCCCACUUACCUUAAAGAGGAAGAGGAGGAACACAGCAUCAGUCAGGAGGGAGAGCACCUUCAAAGGUUGGAGGAGUUCCCAGUGAUUGGUAUGAUUUUGAAGAGUGAAUAUGAUGAGGUCAAAGGUGAAAAUGAGGAGAAGAGAGAGGUGGGGCCUCCAAGGAGCAGCUCAACUCAACACAUGACAACAGAAGCUGAUGGAGACCACUGUGGAGGAUCACAAUCAGACAAGAUCUUAGCUCCACGAUCAGAUAGUGAAGACACAACGUCACACUCUCCUGACACUGAUGAUGAUGAAGACUCUAAAGCUGAUAAGACAUGUCACACUGACAACACACGAUUUAAAUGUUCUCACUGUGACAAAAUUUUUAAACGCCCUAGUUGUCUUAAAAGACACAUGAGAAUACACACCGGAGAAAAACCUUUUUCCUGCUCACUAUGCGGUAAAUAUUUUAGUCAAAGGCACCAUUUGCAAACACAUAUGAGAAGUCACACUGGAGAAAAACCAUUCAUGUGCUCGGUUUGCAGUAAAGCUUUCUCUUGGAAGGGGACUUUGAUAAGACACAAACGAGUACACACUGGUGAAAAACCUUUUAUUUGUUCAGUUUGUGGUAAAGGAUUUGUCCAAAAUCAAGUUUUGAAGGUACACAUGAGAACACACACUGGUGAAAAACCAUAUUCCUGUUCAAGCUGCAAAAGAGGCUUUACUGAUCAAUCAGCAUUUGCAUGUCAUAUGAGAACACAUACUGGAGAAAAAACAUUCAAGUGCUCAAUUUGUAGUAAAAGAUUCUCUCGGAAGGAACAUUUGAAAAUACACAUGAGAAUACACACUGGAGAAAAACCUUUUACAUGUUCAAUCUGUGGGAAAGGGUUUGUACAAAAUACUGAUUUGAAAGUACACAUGAGAAUACACACUGGAGACAAACCAUUCAUGUGUUCGGUUUGUAGUCAAAGAUUCUCUAAGAAGCAACAUUUGAAAGUGCACUCAAGAAUCCACACUGGAGAAAAACCUUUCAUAUGUUCAUUCUGCGGUAAGGGUUAUGUACAAAGUCAACAUUUGAAAGUACACAUGAGAACACACACAGGUGAAAAACCAUAUUCCUGUUCAAACUGCUACAGAAGCUUUUGUGACCGAACAAAACUUGCAGUACACAUGAGAACACACACUUGUGAGAAAGUGUUGAGUUGCAGUGUGUGUGAUGAAAGAUUCUCUUACAAGUACCAGUGUAAGAAACACAAGUGUGCUGGUGAGAACAGCAGCAGCAAAUAAAUUCAAAACUUUAACUUUGACUUUCAAAUAACAUCGACAUAUGCAUCAUGUGUAACAUCAUUUUUGUAUGUUGAACAAUCUUAAUAUGCUUCUAACAUAUAUAAUUAGAUAUGUGUCUAUUUAGUGUUUUUAAAUCAGUGAAGGACAUGCAUUAAUAUAUAACAUUGUGUACAUAUAUU